AUCUUAAGACUAUACUUAAGACGAUCUUGAAAAUAAGCCUUGACUAUGAAUACAGGCCAUGUCCAUAAAAGUGUCAUUACAUACAAAUUGCGCAUGCGCAUUAAAAACUUGGCAUUGAAAAAAAGUGAUGUAUCGUAACCUACAGAUACUAUGUUAACUGUGUAAGUUACAGGUAAGUAGCUACUGUGGCCUACGAUCAGAAUCUUAUUUUUUACUUUUACGAUCUCUUUCUUCGCAAGAGAGGCAUUUGGAUUUCCAAUUAUUCUAGUGGCACGGUUAACAUUUGUGUUCUUUGUCUAAGUUUGGUAAAAAUAAAAAGGCAGUAAAGGAAGUUGACUGUCGCUGUAAAAUUGUCAAAAAUGAUUUGAUAACGAGGUUAGAGAUUUCUAAUUAAUAGAAAGAAAUAACAGAUUUUUGGAAAGAGAAAUCCGAAAAAAGGCAAUUUGGAAAGAACAGAUGUUGGUCAUACGAGUAAUAAACAUCAUUGUAACAAAGUCCAAUCGAACCAAUGCAAUAGAUAAUAUGGACAAUAGUGCUCCUGGAUAUGUUCCGUAUCACACUGAGGUUAUGUCACACGCGAUGGACUGACAACAUUUUUUGAUUUCGGGCGCUUUAAAACAGAAGAACGCGUCCAGUGAGAAAUUUAUAAUAUGAUACAUCCUUUCCUCGAGGAAGAUGCCUGGUGUUACUGGGUUGUUUCAGUUGGUGCCCUGCUAUCAUUCCUCGGCCUCGUUGCUGCUUGUAUCUGCAGUUGUCGACGAAACGAGAAUAAGAAUGAAUUUUUGGGGCUUGCUGGAAUGGUAACACUGAAUAAUUCUGAAACAGACAAUUUCAACAGAAUUCUGACAUUAGAUGUAUCCCAGGUUGUUAAGCAGGAUGUCAACGAUGGAAAAAGGACUACAAGUGCCAAUAGAAGUCUUCCAGAUAUUCCAAAAGAUAAAAGCAGAGAACAUGAGGACAUGGUAGAUACAGGGCCUCAAGAUAUUUAUGAAAUUACUGAGAUUAUGGGGGACCAUUCAGAAUUGUAUGCUACAGUCCAGGAUGCAGUUCAAGAACAAAUGUCUGAAAGAGAAACACAAGAAAUUAUCUUGCAGGGGUGUUCUUUGCCACAAGAUACAUCUCAUCAAUAUGCAAGAUUUGCAUCAUCUGUUUCUGAUAAUGUUGAACAUCCUUAUGCACAACUUCAAAAUGUUCAGAAGACUGAGGCUAGUCAAAUAAAUAGAAAUAAUGUUAAUCAAGUUACGAAUAUUGAAAAUCCAUCAACAUCAAUGGAUCAAUCAAAUGGAAAUCCAAUCGCACCACCAAGAACCCGACGAUCCUCCUCGCAUAAUUCGCUUCUUAAUUCCGAGACACAUGAUAUUCAGGCUGCUAACGCUAUCUCUGGUAGUGUUCAAGCUAAUCAAGAUUUGCCUUAUAUGACACCACCCCUUUUGAUGCUACUGCCACAUCCACCACAUCCCCAACACAAUAGUCCGCAACAGCAUUUCAGUGGAGACUCGCAAGAUUCGAAAGGUUAUACAAGCAUAAGCGUAAGGGAACCAUUAGCUAAUAUAAUAGCACAGACCAAAGCAACUUACAGACAAAAUCAAACUAUUCGACCAAUCACUGAUCCUCAUUAUGCCACUGUUUCUGAUGAUUCUGAUGAAAUGUAUGCCGCAAUUGAUGAGCAGGAUAAAGUAUAUACCAGCGGCAGCGAAACGUAUGCACAAAUUCAACCAAUGACAUCAGAAAUGCAACGACAAACACAACAUGAACAAAUAGUAUUUUGUCAGCCUCCGCGUGUAGAAGAAACACAUUCUGCACCUCAACCUCCAAGUGUCGACAGUUUACGUCAUGUUGCACACGCCCAUUCUAGGCAAGCGUCAUCCUCAAGUGCCAAUAGCUCUAUUAUCAAUCUUGGAUCUCCUAAACCGGAAAAACGUCAAGCAAAUUCUCCUCUACCACCGCCACCUGAAGCAAUCGCGGAAGGGUACGCAUCUAUUGAUAAAAAGAAUAAGAAUGAUGAUAGAUCAAAAUCUUCAUUAUCAGCGGGUAAAUCACUCGAGGAUAUGUAUGCGAAGGUGAUGAAAAAGAAAAAAGAGAUAGAGGAGCAACAGAAUGAUUCUCCAAGUUCUAACAACGCUUUACAUUCUGAAACAAAUACUUGCAGAAAAUUAAGUCUUAUAGAAAUCAGCCGAGCAUCAUGGUGCAGCCACGAAUCUGUAGAAAUACAAAAAAAAGAACCCGAUCUUGUAUCCACUAACAAUUCUACUAUAAGUAAUUUUCACGCAGAAGGUAACAAUAGCACUUCUUUAAGAUUGCCUAAAGUUGAUGCAGACGUGAUUUCGUCGCAUUUAGAAUUUGAUCAUGAAUAUGAAGCCGUUAACUCUAAUAAUAGUCAGAGAAACUCUGUUACGAGAAUCGUCGCGAAUUCAUCCAAUCCGAACUAUGAAAUGUUGCGUCUACAGUGUUUGCAAGAGAAUGACUAUCAAAGCGAUUCGAUAUCUGUGAAAAAUAACUCUGAUACAUAUUCAACACCAUUUAAGCAUAGACAAGUAAGUAACGCUAGCAGUGAUGAUCCCGGUUAUGAAAAGGUACGAUUGCGACAGCGAGAUGAAUUGGAUCAGGACACGGAUUCGGAGCCAAAUUACGAAAGCAUGCCGCAUGAUACGAACGAGCCAAACUAUGCGUCUGUUUGUCGGCUCGGUGACAGUGAUACGGACCCAAAUUACGAGUCUGUGAACCAUACCGAUCCGAAUUAUGAAAGUGUGAAAUACAUGAGUGUCGCUCAGAGUGAGGAGCCGCCAUAUGAGCAAGUGAAUAAUUUCUUAUUAGAUGCAAAUGCGGACGGUUAUGAGAAGGUAAAAAGUAAGAAAAAAAUGGAAACUGAUUAUGAAAAAAUAAGACUACAUAAUUCCUUGGAAAGAAUUAGCAACGGAGGAGAUACUGAUGACGAGCAAUACGUUCAAGUAUAAUGCUCUGAUUUGUAUUACUACGAGAUAUGUAUAAUAAUUAAAACUGUUUAGUGUUUUUUUAUGUAAUCUCAAGCUCAUUCAAAAUUGAAUGAACAAUUCGACCUUAAUUCUAAUGAGUGAUUUAUAACCAACGGGCGUUAAAUUGUAUAACGAGAAUAAGACUGAUAAAGACACAGUAAAAGUAAGCUUACAUGGCCUGUCCUAAAAGUAAUGAGACUAUUUUUGAUGCCAAUCAGAAUUGUUAGAGGGUAGAUCCAUUGGACGGAGCCAUUGAUGCAGGAUAUAUGUCAGAUAUAUCUACAGUCUAACCGUUCCCAGUUACCAUCGAACUUUUCUAGCAGUUGAUACCGUUUUAGUAAAGUUGUAAUUUUUGUAUCUUGUCAUAGUCGAAAAUUCAGCAAUCUCGAGCAGCGAUCAAAUUCUGCGUGAAACUGAGAAAAUCUGGUUCCAAAACGUUGAAGAUGUU